UCUGUGUCGCUAUUUUUAACAACGAUAACUUUUAUAUAUACAUGUACACACAGCGCGGAGAAAGUGUACUGAGAGCGCAAAAUGCGGUUAAGUGGUAGCCUUAUGCCAUAAGGUACCACAGUGUUCAGCCGGACAGAUAGAACUCAGAAGUUUCUGUAGUCGGCUGAUACGUAUGUAGUAUGCACCGCAGCCAUAUUUGUAGUUCUUGGUAGUGCCGCCUACUCGUUAACACGAGAUUAUUCCCAAUUACAUCUCAACAUCUCCAAAUGUACCACAAGUAUAUAACUAUUAUUAGUCCCAACUAGACGUCCCCCCAACUUUCCAAGUAGCCGAUCUCUUGCAUUUGUAAUAAAUUUGUUCUCUUUUCUCGUCAGACCUUGGCAACCCGAGCAGUAAUGGAUGCCCGACAUUCAUCAUUUUAAUCGUUAACAUUACUACAAAUAUUCUCUUUUCUAAUCAGGAAGGCAACGAUCAGUUGCCCAUCAUCAUCAUUUUACUUCUGUGCAUAAAAUAUUAAUUCUCUUUUCUCUUUAGGAGGUGGCAACACAAGCAUUAUAGUUGCCAAACACUCAUCUUUUUACUUCUCUGCAUUGAUCUUAAUUCUUUCUCUCUCCAGGAAAUGGCAGUAUAAGAACGAAUGCCAAACACUGACAGUAAUUAUUUUUUCAGGUUGCUGAGCACUUCUGUCUAUUAUACAUGCGUUUUGUAUAGCAAGACAGGUAGAGAACCAGGCUGGUUCAAAUAGACACGGGGUUCAACUGCUAGAAUAAUAUGUUGAAUUAAUAAAUGGUGCACAUGGUUUUAAACGGUGCCCAAGGAGGGAGUUAGCUCAACUGCGGUAGACACAAUUACAAUACGUUUUUUGCGAAUAUUAAAUGUACAUGGCUUAAAUUCUGCUAUAAUCAGCUACUACAUACGAAUAAACACUGCGUGAAAUGUUCAAAGGUCAACUAUUGCUUCCGUUGGAGCGAUUGCAAUAGAUAUAAUAUCGUACCACAAUAUGAAUGCAUUAUCCUGUAUUCGACAAUUAGGAAAGCCGGAUUCCAGAAACUAGAAGCCUACAAAAGGGCACCAACCCAGAGGUCUUGCAUCAACCAGAUCCCUGUACGGCAAUUACACAGUGAUCUUAAAAUAGCUAGACUCCACAUCAUGAACGGUUAGCCUUUAAAGUUGUCCAUAGCGUGCAUACCGCUCGUCCACAGAAAUCCGGGGUUAUCCAGGCCUGGGGAUUCUUAUUAGAAGAGUUCUGGGAUAACCUCCAAUAGAGGAGUCCCCCCCAAUAGAGGAUCCUGAGGACAAGCGGUAGAAAUGCAUAGUUCAACAGACCUGACGAGGUCCAAAAUACCAAAAUAAGAAAUGGUUAGGAUUGGUUAAUUUUAAUGCGCAUGGCUGAAGCAAUGCGCAAGGAGGGAUGUAGUGUGAAUAUUAAAUCAAGGAUUGAAAGUUGUGUAGCAAGACAGAUCACAGACCAGAAGCCGUCCGAUCCAGAGAAUCCUUCACCAACGUCGGUGACACCUGGCGAGUGGAUCUGGGUGAAAAAACACCAUCGAAAGACCUAGAAGACCGGUGGAAGGGGCCAUACAAGGUAUUCUUGGCCAAACCCUUUUCUGUUUCUGUAGAGGACCGACGUGGGGCCCAGUGGCACCACCUGAGCCGGUGCCGCAAAGCAGAUACUCCUGGCAGAUCGUGGACUGAGACCCUGACCGACCUAGCUGCACUCCAAGCCAAGGACAAACACUCCUCAUCCCAAGACGAUGGGCCACAGCGUGCCCUUGGGAAAGUACCUGGUAGGAUUCCUUCUGGUAGUCCUGUUCCAAGAAGGAGCGGGAGACAACAUCGCCAGGUACCCACCGCCUAAACCAACAACAACAGGUCAGGUCUCGUUAAGGUACUGUCGAGGGAUAGAAAGUAUCUUUGAGCUGAAUUUUUGUGAUAUGCUGCCCUGUGGGACCAGGAAGGACCGGGUCUACCAGGCAGAAAAGUACAUGUGCGUAAGCACCAGACGAGACGGUAGCUACAUGAGAGAUUAUUCCUGCGAGGCGUGGUUUCAGACAUCGUGGCUUACCCAUCCUGGGUACAAGGAGGGCUAUUAUCCCCUGAGGUCCAACUACAAGGAAAUCCAAAAGGGAAUCUCCCUUACCAGAAGAUUAUAUGGCUAUAAAGAAGUCUGGAGCAAUAAUGGUCUAGCAGUCAAGGGAGAGUCAAUAUUCAUAAAGUUAAGGGCAGAUUUACUCAUUCCCGAAAACAGAUCUCAUAAGACAGACAAAGGCCUGGUUUUUCUAACGUUAAGGGCGGAUACUUAUGGGGAGGACCUAAAGGUAGUUAUCCAUCUAUCAGGAGUUGCAUGCGGUCCCAAUAAAUUUCCAUCUAGAGGGACGUAUGAUUCCUUAGGAGCGCCUCAUCUCUCACCACCCCCGGUAGUGCACCCAAAUGGAGGGACGCACGAAGAAUAUUGGGAGGUAAAGACGGGUGAGCUUGAUCAGAACAUGUGGUUAAAAUGGAUGAACUACACGGCCCGGGCCCAGGGCAAGACCAACUGCAUUAUCUGUGCCGCCGGCCGCCCCUCCUUGACCACAGCCCCCGCUAGAAUCACCCCGCAUAAUUCACCGCAAGGUUUUGUUUGUCUAUUGGAAUUAUUCGUGGACGGCCACAUCCCAGGGUGCACAAUUGCAAUAAAAUCCAGACUAAAUAACAUGUAUCCUCAGACCCCGAUUAGAUCUUUACCCCCAAGAUUUGAAGUUAAUUUAACUCCGGACUAUCAUUGUAUCACAGGAAGGGGAACAGGGAGAAAGGUGGGAUCAUUUCCUCUUGACUCUUGUAACACCACUAGAGAGAUAAAAUUGUUGUCCAAUAUGACCCGUGCCCGUAGUGAUAUAUGGUGGUUCUGUGGAGGUCUGAUCCUCAGGGGAGUUCUCCCCUUUGAAUUCUCAGGAACAUGCGCAAUCAUACAGUUAAUAAUGCCCAUCUACAUUUUACCCGAUAGCAAGACGGUGAUGGAUCUCACAUUAUCCAGCAACGGUGGUCUCCCGGACUUGACCCGUCGGAAACGAGAGUAUGCACCAGUCCCGGGUAGUUUUGAUAAAAACAUAUACAUAGACGCAAUAGGAGUACCCCGAGGGGUCCCCAACGAACAUAAAGCCCGGAAUCAGGUAGCGGCAGGAUUUGAAUCAGUUCUAUUUUGGUGGUCUACUAUUAAUAAAAAUGUUGACUGGAUAAAUUACAUAUACUAUAAUCAACAACGGUUUGUUAAUUUUACAGAAGAGGCAGUCAAAGGACUGUCCGAACAAUUGGAUGCCACCUCCCGGAUGACCUAUCAGAAUAGGCUAGCUUUAGAUAUGUUAUUAGCAGAACGAGGAGGGGUGUGCGGGAUGAUAGGGACAACAUGUUGUACAUUUAUCCCCAAUAACACAGCACCAGAUGGGUCCGUGGCCAGGGCAUUGGCUGGACUGCGAUCCCUCAAAUUGGAGUUGGCCGAGAACUCCGGUAUUGGUGACCCAAUAGCUGGAUGGAUGGAGAACCUGUUUGGUAGGUGGAGAGGUAUGAUCCAGUCAGUACUCAUCGCGGGAAUAGUGGCAGUAGCCGUGUUAAUUGUUGUCGGCUGCUGUUGUAUUCCCUGCGCACGAGGGCUACUGAAUCGGCUGAUCACCACAGCAUUGGGCGCCACAAAAGUGCCAGGUGACAUUCAUGCUUACGUAGGAAUCAGAUAUAAUCCGUUGAACUUGAAUGAGAUACCACCUGAGGAGCCUGAACCUAUCCAAUUACAAUAUAUAGAAUAAAAUGCCACCAUUUGUAGCACCUGUGUCUUAAGAUAAUCAACAUCCUGGAUUUACUUGAAUAAUUAAUUAUUGAACCACCAAGACGAAUUGUGUUUGUUAUUAUAUAGUAUUGUUUGGUUAUGAGUACAACUCGUUAUUUCUGAAUCGCUGCAUUAAUAAUGGUACAGUUGAUCUUCUUUGAGGCGAUUGUUUUACAGGCCACCUGUUACUGACACGACGACGACGGAGAACCUGUUUGAAGGCUCCCAUGAUGUAGGAGUAACCCCUCUGAGUUGAGCCCUUGACAAGGAGGGACGAGUCUUGGGUUCAUGAAUUACAGGCCAGACGGCGACAGAAAAAACAAUGACUGCAAUAAUAACAAGCCCAAAACCACCCACAUGAACCGGCGCACCAAAACACGAAGAUCACCUGAACCCCCCAAAUCUAUGCCCAAACCACCCACAUGAACCGGCGCACCAAUACACGAAGAUCACCUGAACCCCCCCAAAUCCAUGAUAGCUUGUCAAUUAUUUUGAAAUUUUAAAAUUGUAUUAUGUCUACCAAUUUUUACUUUACUUUUACACAUGAUGAAAAUUGUAUGGCCUUGUAGCACAUAACCAAAAGUAUUAGCUCAGGAUUUCUAUGAGUGGUUUUGUUUGUGUGAUAUUUGGCCAUGUGAUUUUAUGAUAACAAGAUUUAUGUUCAUUGUUGUAUUGUUAAAUAAUGACCUGUAUUUCCAAUGAGACCCACAAGGUGGAUGCCAUUUCAGUAUUAUGAGCCCGUUGUGGUUUUUCCCUCUAUUCAAGAGUUUUCCACAACGGUAGAUGGUGUUGAUCCUAAUUUGACUGUUUUCGGUGUGGUAAAUGGUGUUUAUGAUUUAAAAUAUUAUUGUAUGGUCAUCUGAGAUGACCAAGGAGGGACUGUUACGUAUUUUAAGAAUCUAAGCUACCCACACAUAGACUUAAUGAAGACCAAACAUAUUAGCCGUAAAUACCAUACAUAGCCACAAGGGGAGCCUUACUGAAGGCUGCAAUAGAUACUUUAUCCACAGAGGGCAGCACCACAGACCAAGCGAGGAAACCGAGGAUUACGUCCCACCGGUUUUCUCCAAGUCUUCCGGUCCUCCGAGUCCAUAAGAAAGCCUCCACAUCUUGAAGACAACAGAACUCUCCAGGCAGCGCUAGGACAUUCGUGGGCUAAAGUCUUAGACCAGCUAGGAGAACACUCUCGCACGUGCUAAGGCACAUCUUCAAUCUCUCUUAACUUCAGAGCAUCAGUUUACCAUACCGAAAAUACUUUAUACAAAUAAAGUAUCUCUUUAAAGCUAUUCCUUUGGAUUCGACCCCUCUUUCCUUGAAGAACAUGAUAGUACUUAUAAACAUGCCCUUCAGCUUUCUUCACCAUGUCUCCUGAACAGCUCCUACAAGUUGUGUGCCGUCCCGCUGAGCAGACGGAACAUGGCAGUGGAGGCUAAAAAGACGUUCAGCCGAGACAAGCCUCACGUUAACAUCGGAACUAUUGGUCAUGUUGAUCACGGCAAGACGACCCUGACUGCGGCCAUUACCAAAGUGUUGGCAGAGGCAGGGGGCGCUCGCUUUAAAAAGUAUGAAGACAUUGACAACGCGCCCGAGGAGAAGGCCAGGGGCAUCACCAUCAAUGCCUCGCAUGUGGAAUACAGCACGGCCAACCGCCAUUAUGCACACACAGACUGUCCCGGCCACGCCGACUAUGUCAAGAACAUGAUCACGGGGACGGCGCAGAUGGACGGCUGCAUCCUGGUGGUGGCGGCCACCGACGGCCAGAUGCCGCAGACGCGGGAGCACCUGCUGCUGGCGCGGCAGAUCGGUGUGGAGCACAUGGUGGUGUUCAUCAACAAGGCGGACGCGGUGGACGACCAGGAGAUGCUGGAGCUGGUGGAGCUGGAGAUCCGUGAGCUUCUCACCGAGUUCGGCUACGACGGCGAGAAGACGCCCGUGGUCAUCGGCUCGGCCCUCUGCGCCCUGGAGAAUAAGCAGCCGGAAAUUGGAGUGGACGCAGUGAUGAAGCUGCUUGACAUCGUGGACAGCUACAUUCCUCUUCCCAAGAGACAGCUGGAUAAACCCUUCCUUCUCCCCAUCGAGGGCGUGUACUCUAUCCCCGGUAGGGGCACGGUGGUGACGGGCACCCUGGAGCGAGGGGUCAUCAAGAAGGGCGAGGACUGCGAGUUUGUGGGCCACAACCGCCACUUCAAGACGGUGGUAACGGGGGUGGAGAUGUUCCACCAGUCUCUGGACCGGGCCGAGGCCGGGGACAACCUGGGCGCCCUGGUGCGCGGCCUCAAGCGGGAGGACGUGAGGAGGGGCAUGGUGAUGAGCAAGCCAGGCUCCAUCAAGCCUCACCAGAAGGUCAAGGCCCAGAUCUACAUUCUGACUAAGGAGGAGGGGGGCCGACACAAGCCCUUCGUUAGCAACUUCAUGCCCGUCAUGUUCUCCCUGACCUGGGACAUGGCCUGCAAGGUCACCCUGCCCAACGAGAAGGAAAUGGUGAUGCCGGGGGAGGACACCUCGCUAACGCUAACGCUACGCCAGCCGAUGGUGUUGGAGAAGGGCCAACGCUUCACGCUGCGUGAUGGGAAUCGCACAAUUGGCACCGGCUUGGUCACAGACAUCCUCACCGCAACUGAGGAGGACAUGAGCAACUGGGGCUGAGGAAGAGGGAGUGGGAGAAAGAACACUGGGAUGGGUCAGCGGAGGGGCUUGUGUAGAGGGGGGCGGGGCUUAUACCUCCUGUGUCUGUCCUACCAAUAAGUAAGUAAAUACAAAUGAUUCAUGUUUAUGUUAGAUGAAAUGGUAUUUCUGAAAUUCCAUCCAACCAAAUAAGAGGUUUCUGUAAAGCAAGGCUGUCAUGCUACGUAUUGAAUAAUAAAAAUACAUAAAAACUGGCUUUUGUUACUUUGUGGAGGUAGCCUUGAU